AUGACGAUGGCUCUGGAUAUCCCCAAGGCCGGGCUGUCUCUCCGUCCUGGAGAUCAGUCCGGUGCGGCCUCCGCCAAGCCUUCCCAGAUCAUGCGGCUGAAUCUGGUUCAGCACACCCUUGAUGAGCUGAUCCAGGACCUCCGAAAUGACCAGCCCGUUCGAGUUCGAUUGGGCAAACACCCGGCUCUUCACUACGGGGGCAAGUCCCAGUCCUUCCACACCUACCCCGAAACACACCGCUCCGAGAUCUACCAUAGCUCGCCCGAUAAACAAACCCUCUACUUCACCGGUGUUCUGAGCCACAGCUUAGAGGUAGAAAAGGCCAAGGAGGCGACCGCGUCCACCGAUCAAGCACUGGCUAAUUUGGAGGAGAGCCUCAAUGCAUUCGAGAGAGGGAAGGAGUCGAAGAAGACUCACAUCAUCUCACACCCGGAUGAAUUGAAGGCUCUCCGAGGAGGCAGAUCCUCUCAUCGAGGUCCUGCGAGUAAGGUGGAGUUAGAGAAAGAUCGAUUCCUCAAGUCUGCCAACCGACCUCUCACUUCGAGCCCAACUCUCGGUGCUCCCAAGUCUCCUGUCCCCAUCCCCACUCCGACCUCGGUUCCCCUCCCUCAAAACAAAGAUCGCAUUCGCCUCGAGGCUCUUAGGACACCCUUUAUUCACUUGCUUGCCGUCCGGGCCGUGUCUACCAAGUUCCUCGCUCGCCAGACUCGUGCCUCGGUUGACGACUGCCACUCCCUCGCCCAGAAAUACGGGAUCGAAAACCGCCUCAACCGAGAGAAGUUUGAUCUCAAAGACAAAACCUACAAAGACCUUGACGUCUGGAGUUUUCCAUACCCGACGCCGGAGGACCGACAAGAGGCGAUUGAGAACGCGAUCUCCGCUUACGAUCGCAUGCGAAUCUCUCGCACCGACAAACUCUGGCAGUCACUUCUUCCCAAGGAGGAACGCGGCAAAGGGAAGUGCCUGUCACGACUCAACCUCAGCACUGGUCCAAUCAAGAAACCUCUCACUCCGCGAAUCCAAGCACACGGGUCAGAGGACCCAAGCAAAGACGACUCGACCACCAGCAACGAGACCGAUCGAGCGAGUGGUUCCAGCAUGAAGCAAAAGGGUUCGGAGGCCCCCGCGCCUCGGUCCAACGCGACCACCCAAAAGCCACGAGCGACCGACAAGGAUGCGACCAAGCGAUCGGCCAAAGCCAAGAACACCAACAGCACGCUGACGGGACGGGUCACAAAGAAAGCAGAGCGGAAGCCCGCCGCCAAAACCGAUGGCAAGUUCAAAUCUGCGGAAUUCGUUCAUGAAUCGGACGAUGAAGACGAUGAAAUGCCCGAUGCCGCACCUGCUCCCGCGCCGGCCAACCCGCCGGCCAAACAAGCUCCAGCCAAGUCUCAGGCGCCGGCUAAGGCUCGAUCGACCGACACGCCGCCUGCACCUACGCCCAAGGUCCCCAAGGCUGAAGCACCUACUCCGAAACUCGAGCCAUCCCAGCCAUCUGCCAAGAAUGCAACUUCCAAACGGCCUUCCUCUCGUCCCUCCACUUCUCCCCAGAAGCCAUCACCGCUCGGCUCCUCACCUCCAACCAACGCUUCCGAGGUUCUUGGCCGCAACCGUUCCGAUAGCCAGAACAACUCCUCGAGCUCGUCCUCGUCCUCUCCGCUCAUUUCCCAACUCUCGCGGACGAACAAGGCUGGUGCCAAGGCACCUCGCGCCGCGAAACCGCCUGUCCAGACCAAUGGGGUUUCCAAGCCCGCGUCCACCGUGAACCCCUUGAAGCGCAAGGCCGAACUCGAUCGCCUGUCUGUGCCGCAACCCUCAGCGGGGCGCUCGACAGGGAACUUGGAGCACAAGCGACGCCGAGCGGUGAGCACCUCGAGCGGAGGCAGCACGGGGAGUGCGUCUCCACCCAUGAGCCAUGCACUCCUGCGGCAGCAGCUGCGCGAGAAGUCGCAGAAAUUCAAGCAGUAUUACGCCAAGUACCGCUCCUUGCAUGAUACCCUGGAGGCCCAUGCCGAUCCCCCACAGGCCGAUCUGGAUCGACUGCAGCGCCAGCACACCCGGCUGCAACGCAUGAAAAAGGAGAUCUGGGAUGAAGAUCGCCGACUGCAGAGUGGUCUUCUCUCUUAA